UUUUUGUUUCCACAGCGAGAAUGUAUCUCCAUUCAUAUUGGCCAAGCCGGUGCACAGAUUGGAAAUGCAUGUUGGGAGCUCUACUGUUUGGAGCACGGCAUCCAGCCGGACGGUCUGAUACUCGACAACACGAAGGGUGGAGGUAUAGAUAACUCCAUCAACACCUUCUUCAGUGAGACUGGAGCUGGCAAACAUGUUCCCAGGACAAUUUUUGUCGACCUGGAGCCGACAGUCAUUGAUGAGGUGCGAACUGGAACCCUACGCAAGCUCUACCACCCUGAGCAGCUGAUCUCGGGUAAGGAGUGUGCAGCCAAUAACUACGCUCGUGGUCGCUACACUACUGGACAAGCUGUAAUCGAACAGGUUCUGGAUAGAACUCGUAAACUUGCUGACCAGUGCACAGGGCUCCAGGGUUUCUUAAUCUAUCGCUCCUUUGGAGGAGGAACUGGCUCAGGCUUCACCUCUCUGCUGAUGGAGCGUCUCUCUGAAGAUUACGGGCAAAUGUCCAAGCUGGAGUUUUCCAUCUACCCAUCUCCUCAUUUGUCCACAGCUGUGGUGGAACCCUACAACUCCAUCCUGACCACCCACACCACCCUGGAGCACUCCAAUUGCACCUUUCUGGUGGACAACGAGGCCAUCUAUGACAUCUGCUCCAGGAACCUUGACAUUGAGCGCCCCUUCUACACCAACCUCAACAGGCUGAUAGGACAGGUUUCCUCCUCCAUCACCGCCUCCCUGCGGUUCGACGGUGCCCUGAAUGUCGAUCUGACCGAGUUCCAGACCAACCUGGUGCCCUACCCUCGUAUCCACUUCCCUCUGGUCAGCUAUGCCCCAGUUAUCUCAGCAGAGAAGGCCCAUCACGAGCAGCUCUCUGUGGCUGACAUCACAAACGCCUGCUUCAAGCCGGCCACUCAGAUGGUGAAAUGCGACCCUUGUCACGGCAAGUACAUGGCCUGCUGCCUCCUGUACCGUGGAGACGUGGUGCCUAAAGAUGUCAGCUCUGCCAUCACCACCAUCAAGAAGAAGCGCACCAUCCAGUUUGUGGACUGGUGUCCCACAGGCUUCAAGGUGGGCAUCAAUCACCAGGCCCCCACUGUGGUUCCUGGUGGAGACCUGGCCAAAGUGCAGAGGGCCGUGUGCAUGCUGGGCAACACAACCGCCAUCGCAGAGGCCUGGGCUCGCCUGGACCACAAGUUUGACCUCAUGUACGCCAAGAGGGCCUUCGUCCACUGGUAUGUUGGAGAGGGCAUGGAGGAGGGAGAGUUCUCUGAGGCCAGGGAGGACAUGGCCGCUCUGGAGAAGGAUUAUGAAGAGGUUGGAGCCAGAAGUGUUGUCGAGGAGGAUGAAGGCGAAGAGUAUUAA